GCUCCACCUCCGCCGCUCAAUCGCAAACCGCACAUCACCAUGGCGGUCGCAAACGGAGACAGUGCUGCUGCUACCGAACUAGAUGUCAGACCGCCCGAGAACAUCGUCAUCCCCCCGGCCAGCGUCCGCGCUGGUGUCGCCAAAACCGCAGAUUUCGUUUACCGCAGAGGCGAUCAGCUGCUCGCAAGCCUGAAGCAGCGCAUUUCCAACGAUUCCAAAAGCCAAAUCACCUUCAUCCUAGAUGACGACCCAUAUAACCCGUACUUUCUGUGGUACUUGGAGCAGUUAAAGGCCGGCCACGGCCCCACCGCAAAAGGCGCCGCCCAGCCUGUACCAGAGAAGCCAAAGGGGCCUCCAGAGCCCGCCCCGUUUCGCUUCUCAGCGCGCAUGCCGAACAUCAACGCUAAGGAUCUUGAGGUCAUGAAGCUGACAGCCUUGUACACAGCGCGUGUCGGCGAGAACUGGCUGAAAGAGCUACGAAACCGCGAGUCUGGCAACCAUCAAUUCGAAUUCCUUCGCGCCAACCACAGUUUCUUCCAGUUCUUCAGGUCGCUCGUCGAACAGUACAAGAUUCUGCUGGAGGAGGAGCAGACGGUAGAGGCGCGCAUUGCAGAAUUGCAGGAGAAUAUCAAGAACCGCCUUCAUAUUCUGGAGCGAGCAAAAGGCCGUGCUGAGUACGUCAAGUACGUCUCUGCGCAGAAAGAGAAGGAGGAGAAGAAGGCCGAGGAUGAGAAGAGGGAGUACGCCACCAUCGACUGGCACGACUUCACUGUUAUUGCAACAGUGCUUUUCGAUGAGGCCGACGAUGCCGCAGAUCUUCCUCCGCCUGCGCUGCUCAAUGACUUGCAGUCACAGUCGCUUGAACAGAAGGCCGCCGUCUCGCUGUCAACUAGACGUCUCGAAGAAGCUAUGCCCGACGAGCAGACAUACUACAAUGUCUCGCAACAGGCGCCCGCACCUCACCAGGCCUACCCAGUGCCACCACCCGUACCUAUGACUCCGGUCGCCUACCCACAAUAUGCUCCACCUCCUCAGGAUUACUCCUACAUGGCAGCUCAGAGACAGCGCGAGGAAGAGCAGGCGCGGGCACAGGCGGAAGCUGAUGCCAGGGCACGCCAGCAGGCGGCAACAAGAGGAGCGCCUGGCCGCAUUGUCACAGACUAUGUUCCCCGCGCGGCGAAGAAAGCCAACGUUGCAACGGUCGUGUGCCCUAACUGCAAGCAGAACAUCCCUGCCAACGAGAUUGAUGAGCACAUUCGAAUUGAACUGCUUGAUCCACGCUGGAAAGAACAACGAGACAAAGCCGAGCAACGCUACUCCACGACGAUCAACACGGCGGACGUGGCGAACAACCUCAAGCGCUUUGCUAGCCAACGUGACGAUAUCUACGAUGGCGCUACUGGACAAAGCAUAUCUGCUGAAGAAGAAGCUCGCAGAAAGAAGGCAGCUUUAUCGUACGAUGGACAGCCAGACCCUGCUAAGGAUGCUGCGCGCAUUCAGCAGAUGCAGUCCAUGAACGUACAAGAGCAACUGCGAAGGAUCCAGGAAAAGCAUCGUCACUAAGGCUCCAUUGGUAAGGUCAAGUUAUGUUUUUGAAAAGCGCUCCGUAGUUACUGCGCAGCGUGCCGUGAAUGGUCUGCUCGCAUGUACUCAUAUCAACUGCAUUGGGUUGGAGUUUUGGCGUUUCGACGCAUGUACGAAGUAUACCCAGGGUGGGUGGAGACCAAGCCAGAGAUCUUGUAUAACGUCUUGUGGCACUGAACUGCCCUCAAAGUAGCAUCGAUCAAAUACAUACAUUCAAAAUAUGGC